CAGCGGCCGGGGCGCUGCCCCGUGCCGGCGGCGGGCGGGGGAGAGCGGGCAGCCAUGGGGUCGCGCAGGAUCCGCCCGGUCUGGCGCGGCGGAGCUCACCCGCCCGGGCGUCGGGGCGCGGGCGGGGCGGGGUGGUCCCACCCCCGCAGGCGGAGCCGCGUCCGGUCGACAAGAUGGCGGCGGGCCUGAGGGCGCUGCGGCGCUGGGGGCUGGUGACAGCAGCACCACGACCGAGCCUUGCUUUCACUCGUUCUGCAUCUGUUGUGAAUAAAGUGAGUAAUGCCCAACCAAACUGGCUGGGAGUUGGCUUGGCAUUUGGCACCAGUGCUGCCUUGUGGGCUCUGCUUGUCAAGCAGCAUAAUGAAGAUGUAAUGGAAUAUGAAAGAAGAAAGCAAGCGAGAGACCAUAAGUGUAGAGAAUGUUCAUAG